CUCGAUUGUUAAGUCGUUACCGUUUUGUUAAGUUUCUGUUACAAUUCGUUACAUUCGUUCGUUUGCUCAAAUUUAGUGUUGGUUUCGAGUUUGGUUUAUUGCGUGCAGUGUUUUAUUCGUUUUAUUCGGUUACGAAAACGGUGUUUUGUGACCGCAUGGGGAGCUUUUCCUGCUAUACCAAUCGAAGAACGGUAAAAUAAGCGGCAGGUAUGGGCCGUUUAGAGGUUAUCCUAGUGUUGGCCAUAAUGGCGACGGGCAGCGAUUUGGCAGCGGGCAAGAAAGUGGAAAGUAUAACCUGUGGCGUGCACGAGUAUCAGUGCGAGAACGGUGCGUGCAUUCCCCUCGCCGGCCGGUGCAAUGAGAUCAAGGAGUGCGCCGACGGUAGCGAUGAAUCGGAUUGCGAUUAUUUCCUGUGCCGUGGUCCGUUCUGGUACAAAUGCAAGGCAGAAGCCACGUGUAUCAGUGCGGCGAGCCGCUGCGACAAGCAUCUGGACUGUUUGCUCGGCGAUGAUGAGGACAAUUGCGAUAACUACGAGGUACCACACAAGCCGCUCCUGUGCGGGAAGUCGGAGUUUACCUGCACGGACAAAGUCUGCAUCCCGCUCGAUCUCAUGUGCGACGGCAUCGAGCACUGCCCGGACGGUUCGGAUGAAACGAUCGGCUGCAUCGAUAUCGACAGCAAGUGCAGCGGGUUCCUGUGCCGCAACAAGCAGUGCCUACGGACCAGCAGCUGGGUGUGCGACGGGAUGCGCGAUUGUAGUGAUGGCUCGGACGAGGAGCACUGCUUACACGAGUGCACGCUCGAACAGGGUAAGUACGAGUGUGCGAACAACAACACCUGCAUCACGGUACAGGAUGUUUGCAAUGGAAAGGAUGACUGCGGUGACGGCAGUGAUGAGGGCGCGGGAUGCAAGACCGAUACCUGUGCCCAGCUGCAGUGCGGUGAACGACCAUGCCAGCGGAUGCCGAACGGUCGCUCGGUUUGCUUGUGCGGUGACGGUUUUCGGUUCAACAACCUCACGCACCAGUGCGAGGACAUCAACGAGUGCGACCGGUAUGGGCUGUGUAGCCAGGGGUGCAUCAAUACGCCCGGUUCGUUCCGCUGUACGUGCGUCGAUCAGUUCGAGCUGAAGCGGGACCGGAGAACCUGCGAGCUGACCACCGGUACCGAGGCGCUCAUGCUCUACACCACACAGCGAUCGAUCGGUGCACUGUACCUGUCCUCCCUGCAUCAGUACUACGUAGCGAAGGAGCUAUCACAGGUGAUCGGCGUCUCGUACGAUGGCCAGCACGUCUACUGGACGGACAUUGCCCAUAAAACGGAAUCGAUCGAACGUGCGCAGGAGGAUGGCAGCAAGCGGGAGCUGCUGCUGACGGCCGGCCUCAUCUCACCGGAGGACAUCGCGCUGGACUGGCUGACCGGCAACAUCUACUUCAGCGACAGUGGCCAGAUGCAUAUAGCGGUCUGCUCGAACGAUGGCUUCUACUGUAAGGCGAUCGUGCAGGAGAAGCUCCACAAACCGCGCGGCCUCGCGCUACUGCCCCAGAACGGGACGCUCUUUUACAGCGACUGGGGCGACAAUGCCCAGAUCGGGUGCGCCCGGAUGGAUGGCAGCGAGCAGCGGAUCAUCGUGAGCGACGGUAUCCACUGGCCGAACGGGCUCACGCUCGAUUGGCCCAACGAGCGGCUGUACUGGGUCGAUGCGAAGCUGAAGCUGAUCGAGAGUAUGCGGCUGGACGGUCGGGAUCGAACCGUCAUCCUGUCCGGCGUCCUGAAGCACCCCUUCGCCGUGGCCGUGUUCAACGAUCGCAUCUACUGGUCCGACUGGGACACGAAGAGCAUCCAGUCGUGCGAUAAGUUUACGGGCAAGGGCCGCCAGAACAUGGUGCAUGAUCGUGUGAUCUUUGACGUUCACGUGUACCACUCGAGCCUUCAACCGAAAUCGAACCAUCCCUGCCUGAACCACACCUGCUCGCACCUGUGCCUGCUCACGUCGAACGCUACCUACGCGUGCGCAUGCCCGAGCGGAAUGGUGCUGCAACCGAACCGGCACACCUGCCAGGAGACGGCCAAGCGCCAGUCGUUGCUGUUGGGCAUCGGGAGCUAUCUGCUGUCCCUGAAGCAUCACCCAUUCGGUCGCCACGAGGAGGGUAAGGGUGUACCGCUGUCCAUCAACAUUAGCCGGCUCGCCUUCAACAGUCUCACCGGCGAGGUGCUGGUGGCCGACAACGUGCAGCGGGCCAUCUAUGCGGUUAAUCUGGAAACGAAGGCAACCCGAGCGCUCGUGACGACGCACAUCGGUUCGGUAUCGGCGCUCGCGCUCGAUUACCUGAGCAACACACUGUUCUGGUGCGAUACCGAUAGGUCGACUAUCGAGCUGUAUAGUCUGGAGACCCAUCAUCGGUCGAUCGUGCAGCAUUUCGUCGGGGGCGACGCACCGGUAGCGCUGGCCCUCAUUCCGGAGAUCGGAAAGAUGUUCAUUGCACUACGGUCGCGCACGGCACCAUGGCAUACGCACAUCGAUCAGCUCGCCAUGACCGGCCGGGGUCCGCAUGCGCACGUGAUGGAGGAACGCGUCAGCAGCAACGGUAGCAUCGCCUUCCACGUCGAUCACGAUCUGCGGGCCGUGUUCUGGAGCGAUCAGCGCAGCGGGCGCAUCGAGAUGACCAGCUACGAGGGCGACACCAGACACCUGUACCGCGACUAUCUGCGCCAUCCGGUUUCGAUUACGGUGAUCGGGGACGAGCUGUUCUGGACCGGUUAUCACUCGCAGCGGCUCUACUGGUCGGACAAGCACAACAUGGGCACCACGAAACGGAUGACCAUCCCGAUGCCACCGGAUGUGCCCGUCCCCGAUCAGAUACCGAUUGCGGCCACGGUGCCGAUCCGACACCAGGAGCACCUGUGCCGGCAGCGGAGCAACGCGGGCUGUUCGCACAUCUGCGUGGCGGCCGGACUGUACGCCGCCGCCUGCGUUUGCCCCAACGGUAUGGUCUUCAAUGCUACCGCGCUUAGCAAGGUGUGCGUUCGGGCUGCCGACUGCGAGUUUCGGUGCAAAUCGGGCGAAUGUUUGCCACCCGGCAAACGUUGCAACGGGCACCCGGACUGUCCGGAUGGUUCGGACGAGCAGAACUGUCGCCCGGCCGCGACCGUGGGUGGGGGUGCGCGCUUUGCUGCCGUCGAUUGCCACUGGAACGAGUUCCGGUGUGCCGAUGGGCGGAAGUGUAUUGCGGCGAACCGGCGCUGCGAUAAGGUACCGGACUGUAACGACGCAUCGGACGAAGCGAACUGCGAUGGUUACGUUCGGCAUGGCGAGUGCCGUCCUACGCAGUUCACCUGUGCGAAUGGGUUGUGUAUCGAUGCGAAUCAGCGCUGCGAUGGUUACGCCGAUUGUCGUGAUGGUUCGGACGAGGUUGGCUGCAAGCCCAGUGCAAGCAGCAACGGCACGGCGACCGGUACGUGCGCGGCCGGCAUGUUCCGCUGCAACAGCGGCCAGUGCAUCCCGGGUGCAUGGGAAUGCGACGACACACCGGACUGUGCCGAUAGUUCCGAUGAGCAUACGCAAUGCCACACCUCCGACGCCGACGGCAAGGGCUCGUGUCGUCCCGGUCAUCACAAGUGCAGCGUCACUGGGCUGUGCAUCGACGGGUCGAUGGUUUGCGACGGUAACGACGACUGCGGUGACGGUUCGGACGAGGAGGGCUGCCACCCGCAACACGAUACGCUCUGUACGCAGCUGGAGAAGGGCAAUGCGUCGUUGUUCUACUGCACGCGCUCGAGCCAUUGCUUCGACAUAAGCGCUCGCUGCAACGGGACGGCCGAGUGCCCGCACGGUGAGGACGAAACGGACUGCCCCGGGUGCGCCCACCACGACUUCGAGUGUGCGAAUGGGCAGUGCAUACCGGGCGAGUGGCGCUGCGAUAAGGAGCUCGACUGCGCCGACGGUUCCGAUGAGCGCAACUGCACGGCGGCGACCGUUCGAACGGCGAUGGAACCGCAGCGUAUGGUUUGCGGCCCGGAUGAGUUUGAGUGUACGGCGGGCGAGUGUAUUGGGCAGGCGAAGCUUUGCGAUGGUAAUGUGGACUGCAGCAACGACCGAGACGAGGGCGGCAGCUGUAGCACGGCCUGCCCGGGUGGACGCGGUCCGUGUGCACAGCAAUGUCUCAAAACACCGGCCGGCUCGGUGUGCAGUUGCUUGGAGGGCUACGAGCUGCAGGGUGACCGGAAGAGCUGUGCGGACAUAGACGAAUGCCGAUCGGCCGGUCGACCGUGUGCCCAGAUUUGUACGAAUGUUCCCGGCUCCUACCGGUGCUCGUGCUACGAUGGGUACAUGCUGAAACCGGACAAAGUGACCUGCAAGGCUACCGGUGCGAACUACUACCUACUGUACGCGCGCUCCGACAAGAUACAGCGGUUCGACAUUAAACCGACACCGAGCAUAACGACGGUAGUGCACGCCAACAGUAGCCGCAUUACGUCGAUGGAUGUGAACGCGCAUCGCGGCAAGCUGUACUACACGGUGGAAAACACUUCCGCCAUCUUUGAGGCGGCUCUUGAGGGCAAUGAGUCGCGCAGUUUGCUGCGGCAGAUCGGCAAACCGGACAAACUGGCAGUCGAUUGGGUGGCGAACAAUGUGUACUUCAUCGAUGGUAGCGAACCAUCGAUCAAAGUCUGCAGCAUCGAGCGGGGAACGUGCGCCCGGCUGGUCACCUUUAUGCGGCAGAACUUCCUCAAGGCGCUGUGCGUGGAUCCAGUCAACAAGUACAUGUUCUUCUCGGUACUUUACUCAUGGGUUUUCAAGAUACCGCACGCCAUCUUUCGGGCGAAUCUAGAUGGCACCCUGAAGGAAAUUGUCACGAGGGAUGACAGCCUGGCGACGGCGCUAGCGGUAGACCACCAUACCGAAACGCUCUACUACACCGACCUGGUGAAGAAUACGCUCAGCCGGGUGGAUUACAAUGGCAAAAACCUGAAGGUGCUGGUACAGGGCCAACCGCACAUCAUCAACAAUCCGAUAAGCUUGGUGCUGUACGAAAACCAUGCAAUCAUCCUGAACCGGGCGGCGUCCGGUGGUGUGAGCUAUUGUCAGCUCUUCGGCAGCUACCAGUGUCAACGUUUCAGCGUCAACGUUCCACCGGCUCAGCUGCUGCUACUGGUGCAGGACUCGCGGCAACCGUUGAUAGAUAAUGUUUGCGCCGCUAGUGCAAACGAUUGUUCGCAUCUUUGCAUUCCGUCGAAGGGCAAAGGCAUUUGUGUGUGCCCCAACGGGCAGUCAAUAGCUGCAGGCGACCUGUGCCCGGCGCCGGAGGACAGCGAAAGGAAGGCCAUCGCACCCUUCCGUCACGCGCUAAAUGAAAUGGACAGUUCGCUGCCAGGCGAUUCAUCAGACGCCGGGAAUAAUGCCGAUGAUGGCAUUACGGCCGCGCUAUUCAAGUAUGGCAUGCUGGGGCUCUGCAUGUUUGGGCUCAUCGGUGGUGCGUUGUACUACGUCAAGUGGCGCCGCGGCAGCGACGCGUUCAAUGUCGGUAUACACUACACCAACCUGGAGCUCAGCUCGCUCGACACGGACGCGCUUCCGAAGGUUAGAGGUCGGGUCGAGAUCAACAUAGUAGGAUCACAUCAGGAAUUGACGUUUCCUGAGGAAGCAAACCAGUUGGCGGUAAACCGGGACGAUUGCUUGGGCGAAACGCGAACCGCCGGUGUACGUAAACUCAGUGCAACUCAGGUACCAUCACCGAUGUCAAUAUUUUCACCAAGAUCGGUUUCACCUGGAAUGCCGAGCUCCGACGUACAUUUCAAGCAUUGAUUGCGACUGUAAAUGGCUGUACAAAGUACUAAAUCGUAUCGUUUAAUUGCCCAGUUUAUUUUGUACAUUUGUUCUAAAUAUGUGCA